CCCGCCCUUUCAUCCAACAUCUCACUUCCUCAGUUUAUCUCAGUUUCAGUUCCACAGCCCCAGAAAGUAUACAAUUUCUUACUGAAAUCAGUCACGUUUUCGAUCAUUACUGGUUACAAUUUGAGAACUUAAUUUUAAACUCUAGAUCUUUAAAAGGAACCCCUAAAAACGGAAAGUAUUUCUCCUCCGAAGCCAACCUAGGGUUUCUUAACCAAUUCAUUUUUCGAACUCAUCCAAAGUAAGGGUGAACUCAACCACUGAUAAAAUGCGAGAAGAUGUGGUGGAGAAGCUCAGAGGUGUAGUAAGAGAUUGUGUUAGCAAACAUCUUUACUCAUCAGCCAUUUUCUUUGCUGAUAAAGUUGCUGCUUUCACUUCGGAUCCUGCUGAUAUAUACAUGCAAGCUCAAGCUCUCUUCCUUGGCCGACAUUAUCGACGUGCUUUCCACCUUCUCAAUGCUUCUCAGAUUGUUCUUCGUGAUCUUCGUUUUCGUUAUCUCGCUGCCAAGUGCCUGGAGGAAUUAAAGGAGUGGGAUCAAUGUCUAUUAAUGCUUGGAGAUGCUAAAGUUGAUGAACAGGGAAAUGUUCUCGAUGUGAAGGAUUUUAAUGUCAUGUACUUGGACAAGGAAGGUGAAGAUCGUGAAAUAAAUAUUUCUUCAGCAAUAUGCUUUUUACGAGGCAAGGCAUAUGAAGCUUUGGAAAACCGUGUCCAGGCUCGCCAAUGGUACAAAGCUGCUAUCAAGGCUGAUCCUUUAUGUUAUGAGGCUUUGGAAUGUCUUGUUGAUAACCACAUGCUAACGUGCAAGGAAGAAACAGGUCUCCUAUCAUCAUUGCAAUUUGGUUCAGAAGAUGGUUGGCUUUCUUCAUUUUAUUCAUGUUUGAUAAAGAAGUAUGAGAAGGAAAAUGUUGUAGAGGCGAAAUUCAGAGAACUGGAAAAAGAAAAUUUUGAUAUUAUUCCUUCAGGUCCAUCUUUUACCCGCACACUUAAAAACAAUACAGAUCUUUUGGUCUGUAAAGCUGAAUAUUACCAUCAAUGUGGAGAAUAUCAGAAAUGCUUUGAGCUCACAUCUGUAUUACUUGAAAGAGACCCUUUCCAUUCAAAAUGCACCUUGGUACACUUAGGAUCGGCUAUGGAGCUUGGUCAUUCAAAUGAGCUCUAUCUUUUGGCAUCCAGUUUAGUGAAGGAUUAUCCUCAAAAAGCCUUGUCAUGGUACGCUGUUGGUUGCUACUAUUAUUGCAUCAAGAAGUAUGAUCAAUCACGGCGUUAUUUCAGCAAAGCAACAAAUUUGGAUGGAACAUUUCCCCCUGCUUGGAUAGGUGUUGGAAAUGCUUAUGCUGCUCAAGAAGAGGGUGAUCAAGCAAUGUCUUCUUUCCGAACUGCAGCGCGUUUAUUUCCUGGGUGUCAUUUACCAACUUUGUACAUUGGAAUGGAGUAUACACGAACACACAGCUUUAAACUUGCGGAACAGUUUUUUAUGCAGGCAGAAACAGUUUGUUCGUCCGAUCCACUUGUAUAUAAUGAACUUGGGGUAGUUGCGUAUCAUAUGAAAGAGUAUGAAAAAGCCGAACACUGGUUUAAGAAGACUUUGUCUCACGUUCCAUCAUCUAUAAGUGAAAUGUGGGAACCAACUUUCGUGAAUCUUGCACAUGCGCUGAGGAAGCUGAAGAAAUACAAUGAAGCUAUUUCGUACUAUGAGAAAGCACUAGCACUGUCAACUAGAAGUUUAAGCACUUACGCGGGUUUGGCGUACACGUAUCAUUUACAGGAUAAAUUUGAUGCAGCAGUUAAUUGUUAUCAUAAGGCAUUAUGGCUGAAACCAGAUGAUCAGUUCUGCACAGAGAUGUUAACACUAGCUCUUGUGGAUGAAUGCCAUCAUAAUUCUGUUGAAUUGCGUCAAAGUGAACAUGUUCUGUGAUGAAAAAAAAUAUUUCUCUAUCGCGGAUAAAUAAUGGUCACCUGAACACAUAUAUGUAUUUAUAUGCUUUUUAUCAUAAACUUGCAUGUGUACCAUUGUAUUUUGCACCAAAGCUAGACACAUGAUAUUAUACAGACCCACACAAGACAAUGAUUGACUGUUACAGAUAAUAGUUUAACAGAAACUAUUAAUAGCCAACAGUUACAAAUAACAGAAAUGAGAAAUGAACCAA